GCUGACUGGAUAAUUGAGCCUGUCCCAGCCGCGAAUUGAGUAGUGGUCGCGUGCAAACUCCCAAACGCCUGCAUAAUUUCGUUAGUCGCCCCCUCGAGUAGGCCGCCAACAUGAUGCUCUCUAGCAAGAACCUUUCCCGGGGCUGUGUGCAGCGCCGGUCGGUGGAGGUUGCUGCUCGUGCUGGCACAAACGUCCGCAGCGUGCGCGGCGCGAUGCCCCCGCCGAGCCACCUUGCCAGCACCUUCAGCAACGCGUCGGCACUGAAGGGCAAGAUUGCUCUUGGAAAUGCGCGCAUGUCCCGUAUGGUCGGCGGUGGCGCCAAGGCCUACAAGAGGGUCACGCCUCGCAUGUGCGGUAUUAUCGGCAUCUUCAAGUACGAGGGCAACGCCAACGUGGAGCUGUAUGAGGGCCUGCUCAUGCUGCAGCACCGUGGCCAGGACUCGGCCGGCAUGGUGACCACCGACUGGUCGCGCUUCAAGGAGUACAAGGAGAACGGCCUGGUUAAGGACGUGUUCGGCAAGCAGGACCUGAUGGACUCCAUGAAGGGCCACUGCGGCAUCGCGCACGUGCGCUACCCCACCGCCGGCUCCUCCAGCGCUCAGGAGGCGCAGCCCUUCUUCGUCAACUCGCCUCUGGGCAUCUACCUCAUCCACAACGGCAACCUCACGAACACCGAGGAGCUGAGGGACCUGCUCAACAGCUCCCGCUCCUUCUUCAACCGCCACCUGCGCACGGAGUCGGACUCGGAGGUGCUGCUCAACAUCCUGGCCGACGAGGUGCACCGCGCGCACCAGCGCUGCCUGCAGACCACCGGCUGCGACCCCAACAAGAACAAGAUCAACUUCCUGUUCGAGGCGGGCGAGAUGACCAUGCGCCUGCUCAAGGGCGCCUACUCCUGCCUGGCGCUGGUCAAGGGCGUGGGCCUGGUGGCCUUCCGCGACCCCCACGGCAUCCGCCCGCUGGUUCUGGGCAAGCGCGCGGGCGCCCACGGCGACGAGUGGUGUGUGGCGUCGGAGGACUGCGCGUUCGGCCCCAUCGGCUUUGAGCGCGUGCGCGACGUGCAGCCGGGCGAGAUGGUGAUCAUCACCGAGGAGGGCAAGCUCAUGAGCCGCCAGUGCGCGCAGGGCACUCCCUCCCCCUGCAUCUUUGAGUACAUCUACCUGGCCCGCCCCGACUCGGUACUCAACGGCAUCCCCGUCUACAACUUCCAGCUCAAGCUGGGCACGGCGCUGGCCAACCGCAUCAGGCAGAAGGGCUGGGACGUGGACAUUGUGUGCCCGGUGCCUGACGGCUCGCGGCCCGCCGCCAUCCAGAUCGCGGCGGAGCUGGGGCUGCCGUACCGCGAGGGCCUGGUCAAGAACCGCUACGUGGGCCGCACCUUCAUCAUGCCCGACCAGCGGCUGCGUGAGAUGUCGGUGCGCCGCAAGCUCAACGCCAUGCCGGCGGUGUUCGAGGGCAAGUCGGUGCUGCUCAUCGACGACUCCAUUGUGCGCGGCACAACCAUGACGCAGAUUGUGGACAUGGUCCGCCGCGCCGGCGCGCGCAAGGUGUACCUGGCCUCCGCCUCGCCGCCUGUGGUGUACCCCAACGUGUACGGCGUGGACAUGCCCAGCCGCAAGGAGUUCGUGGCCAACGGCCUCACCAUUGACCAGGUGUGCACGUUGCUCAAGGCCGACGGCCUGAUCUACCAGGAGGUGGACGACCUCAUGACGGCCGGCCGCGAGCUCAACCCGGACAUCAAGGACUUUGACGCCUCGUGCUUCACAGGCACCUACGUCACCGGCGACAUUGAUGAGGCGUACCUGCAGAAGCUCGAGAUGAGCGGCCGCGGCGCCUCCCGCCGCGCCCCCCAGAAGGUGUCGCUAAUCAACAACGACCGCCCGAACGCCAUGGUCGGCAGCUCGUAAACCAGCACUGUCCAAGCUAGCUUGCUAGCGAGCUAGCCAGCUGCUCGAUAACGGCUUGCGUGCUAGCAAGUCACGGCGGCGCGGUUUGACGUUUUGUUUCGGGCGCGUGCGAGGAUGCGAGAAGCAGGGUUUGCCGUAAUAAGCGAGCGGGCGCGCUCGUAUGCAUGUGCGUGGCGCGGCCUGGAUUGAAGCGCCUGGGGGCGCCCGUGGUGCGUGGCCUGAAUUUUGUUUACACGCGCAUUCAUUGCGCGACGAUGGACCAUAACGGACUUUCCUUGUGGGUGUGGGCGUGGCUGACGCAUUUGCCAUCGCAGUACUUGAUAAGGGUGCGGUGUAGAUUAGGUACCGUGCCUUGGGUUCGUGCCUUAAGGGGACAAAGAUAUUUUGGGGACAGGGGCUCUGCCUGACCAGACUGCAGUAAUUGCGGUGCGGGCAGCAUGAGGGGUUGUAGCGGGUAGCUGUGGACGGCUGUGGUGAUGAGGGGGGGGGGACGGCGGCGGCGGCCAGGAGCCGGCUGUGUGGGUACUAGGGGGGUACUGGCGGCUGCGAGUGCGCGCGUGAUCCAUCUACGUUGUGGGGGCGGCAUUUGAGCUGGUAUUGAAGUCUCCGGUGACUUCAGGAGGCAGCAGUGGCUAGGCUGUGGGCCAAAGCGGGGGUGCGGGCGAAGCUGCGGUUGCGGCGCGGCGUUUUCGUCGGCUGUGAGAAGGCAGAAGACAUGGGAGCACGGGAUCUGUGGAGAUGAGUAACGCCUGUGAGGCGCCUGUCUAAAAUCAUCAGGUGCCACCGGAUCAUCGCCCCUUACAGGCACGGGCCGUAACGGGACUCACGACGGGACUCGGGGCAGUCAUGGAGGAUGGGGCUGGGGCCCUGCCUGCAUGCCAACCUGCUGACAGCGGCGGCGCAUCAGCGCUGCUCAUCCGCAUUUCUGUGAACAAUAGCCGAGCCACCGGCGUUUUGGCCGACGUGUUCCUCUGCGUGUUGGGAGGGGAUGGUGAAGCCGUGAAGGCACCAGCGGCACCGGGAGCACUGCGUCUCCAGACAGGAAUCCGGCGCUUCGCUUCACACCUUGGCACCUGCGCACUUCGGGCUACGCUCCUUACCCUGCCUUACCCUGUCAGAGAAACAGAGGAGGAGGCUUGCCGCAUCGUGCAAGCGCGGGGAUCGGGCGCGAAGGAGGUGGGGAUUAGCAGGGGGCGCAGCGGAGUGGGUGCUCGACGGCUGUCGCCGAAG